CGCACGGCCGGUAGGGGGCGGGGUUAGUGUGGGCCGCGGAGGCGACAAUGUCACCGGCUCUUUGUUUGGGUCUGAAACACGGAUAACGGACUCGGUUUAUUUAUUUCUUCUUAUUAUUUUCUUUUGUAAAACCCAUUGGAUUUAAUUGUCCUGCUUUAGAGGACAAACAGAUUCUUAUUCACGGCUCACUUUUCUUUUCUCCAGCGGCGGAAUCUUAUAGAGUAGAGAGAAGCAGCGGCUAGUUAACGGCUAGUCAGAGACACUCCGUCUGAAUAUUUAUUUAUAUACACAUUUAAUCUAAUAGCGUUUAUUUAAUCGUGUUGUGUAUUUUAUAAAGGAUUUUUAGUGUUUUUUAUGUAAUGUUUUUGUUUGUAGCUCAGUAGUGAACCUGGUUCAUGUUAGCAAACACUAGCUGUCGCUAAUCACUUUGUUUUUUUUUGUGUUUUUUUCACUUCCGGUUUUUUGUUUAGUUUCUUCAACGUUUAUAAGCUAAAUUAACUUUCAGUUUUUUAACAUUUAUUUAUUUAUUUAUUUAUAACCUGAAGUAUUUAAACACUAUUUUAUUGCUCGGUAAUCUGGAGUAAGAUUAGUGCUUUAGAUUCCGUGGUUUGUUUUUGUUUAUUUAUCAUUAGAUUAAUUGAUUAAUUGGUGUGUGUGCUGUAGAUGUGUGCAGGUGUGUUAGUGUAGUGCAGGUGUGUUAGUGUAGUGCAGGUGUGUUAGUGUAGUGCAGGUGUGUUAGUGUAGUGCAGGUGUGUUAGUGUAGUGCAGGUAAAACAGUCUGCAGGGUUUAUUUAUCAUCAGAUCCAUUUAAUCUGUGAUCUUCACCUCCUGCACUCAGAUCAGAAAACGAUAUAAAUAAGUAUAAACGCACAGUCAAGAGCUGUAGGGAGGGUGUGUGUGUGUGUGUGUGUGUGUGUGUGUGUGUGUGUGUGUGUGUGUGUGUGUGUGUGUGUGAGGGGGUUAUUAUGGCCUGUGCUUGGGGCAUGAAGAAGGUCUCAUUAUGGACUAAUUCACUUUUCAUCCUCAGCAUGGUCUUCCUCAACGAAGCGUUCUCCUCACAGCGCGGUGAUAACGUCUACGUGUCCGGGAUCUCCAACGCCUGUGGAGAUGUGGUGGAGCAGAUCAGGGCCUCCAGCGGUGUGAUCACCAGUCCUGGAUGGCCUUUUGAGUAUCCGUCUCGCAUCAACUGCAGCUGGAACAUCCGAGCAAAUCCUGGAGAAAUAAUUACCAUUAGUUUUCAGGACUUUGAGAUCCAGAGCUCGCACCGCUGCGGUAUGGACUGGAUCUCCAUCGGCACCUACAAGAACCUGGAUGGUUACCGAGCGUGCGGUUCUUCCAUCCCGGCUCCCUACAUCUCCUCUCAGGACCACGUGUGGAUCAAAUUCCACUCGGACGACACGCUUACCGGCAAGGGCUUCAAGCUCUCGUACAUCACAGGAAAGUCGGAGGAGGCGAGCUGCGAGGCGGAUCAGUUCCACUGCGUGAACGGGAAGUGCAUCCCCCAGUCGUGGAGGUGCAACACGAUGGACGAGUGCGGAGACAACUCCGACGAGGAGCUCUGCGUUCAUCCCAACCCUCCUUCUUCCUCUUCUUCUUCUUUCUUCUCCUUUCAGCCGUGCUUGUUCGAUCAGUUCCCAUGCGUCUCGCGCUACACCCGAGUCCUCACCUGCCUUCCGUCUUCUCUCCGCUGUGACGGCGCCAUCGAUUGCCAGGACCUGAGCGACGAAAUCGACUGCGACGUUCCCGCCUGCUCAGAGCUCCGCCUUCAAAACUUUUACGGGACUUUUAACUCUCCAAAUUACCCGGAUUUCUACCCCCCCGGAAGCGACUGCACGUGGCUGAUCGACACCGGCGAUCACCGCAGAGUCGUCCUGCGCUUCCUGGAUUUCAAAUUAGACGGAACCGGUUACUAUGGAGAUUUUGUAAAAGUGUACGACGGCUUGGAGGCGGAGCCUAGGCGCCUCCUCCGCGUUCUGACCACCCUGGAUUCGCGCACUUCGGUCAUAACGAUCAUUUCGUCGUCGGGGCAGCUGCGUGUGCACUUUUACGCAGAUAAGAUCAACACUGCGCGAGGAUUCAACGCUACCUAUCAGGUCGAAGGGUUUUGCUUGCCCUGGGAGAUGCCGUGCGGAGGAAACUGGGGGUGUUACACCGAACAGCAGCGCUGCGACGGGUACUGGCACUGUGCUAACGGCAGAGACGAGCUGAACUGCAGCGGAUGCGGUGAAGACGAGUUCCCCUGUUCCAGAAAUGGCGCGUGUUACCCGCGAUCCGACCGCUGCAACUAUCAGAACCGCUGCCCCAACGGCUCCGACGAGAAGAACUGCGCUUUCUGCCAGCCGGGGAACUUCCACUGCAGGAACGGCCGCUGCGUGUUCGAGAGCUGGGUGUGUGACGCGCAGGACGACUGCGGGGACGCCAGCGACGAGGACGCCUGCCCUGUCGCCGUGCCAACACGGGUCAUCGCCGCCGCAGUUAUCGGGAGCCUGGUGUGUGGCCUGCUGCUCGUCAUCGCGCUCGGCUGCACCUGCAAACUCUACUCUCUCAGGAGCUUCGAGCGCAGGUCGUUUGAGACCCAGUUGUCCAGAGUGGAGGCGGAGUUACUGAGGAGAGAAGCUCCGCCCUCAUAUGGCCAGCUUAUCGCUCAGGGAUUAAUCCCCCCUGUGGAGGAUUUUCCUGUCUGUUCUGGCAACCAGGCUUCCGUGUUGGAGAAUCUCCGGCUGGCUGUUCGCUCUCAGCUCGGCUUCACCUCCAUCCGCCUCCCCUCCUCCGGUCGCCACGGAAACGUCUGGCGCCGGCUUUUCAAUUUCACGCGUUCUCGCCACUCCGCCUCAUUAGCGCUGGUGUCCUCCGGUGCAGGGGUGGAGUCGGACUCGGGAAGCGGGGUUCACGGCGUCGGAAGCUCCGCCCACAUUUCAGAGCGACUGGAUUCUGACGAUUCAGAAAGCGAGCAGCAGGGGGCGGUGGGCGGCGCGUCGGCUUCUCUUCUGCCUCACAAAACCCCUCCGGCCGCCACCAUUGUUUCCGUUUCCGCGAGCACCGCCCCGCACGCCGUCCCCGAGAGCGACGACAUAGUGGUUCCGCCUCCCAGCGGGCGGGGCUCGUUAGUGGCGCGUGGGCUGCGCUGGGUCCGGAUGUCCUUCGGAUCUCGAUUCGCACAGCAGAACCGAAGCCCGCUGAGGCAGAUGCAGAACGGAACAGCGAGCGAAGAAGAUGACGAUGAAGACGUCGAGCUCCUCGUUCCUUUAACCGACACCUCCGACGCGCCUUCCACCGCUCCCUCGCUCCGUGGCAGGCCGGCGAUUCGGGACGGGCCCUGCGAGAACUGCGGGAUGGUCCACACGGCUCAGAUUCCCGACGCAUGCUUAGAGGCAACGACUAGAACAGAAACCAGCGACGACGAUUCUCUUUUGCUUUGUUAAUUCUCGUUUCCACCCGCUCUGCCUUCGCUUCUUCGCUAUCCCUAGCAAGGGGAAGUCUGAAUGUUUUUUUGGACACCUGCCCUUACCUGCCCGUGACCUUUCCAAGAGCUUCAGAGCAGUUCUGGUGAUGCCGUCUCCCCUUCACUUUGCAGUUUCCUGUCUCUGGUUUAGCUUAAAGGUUUGUUGCGCCGGCAGUUAAAACGACUGGAUGAUUAUUUCACAUACCAUGACUGACAGAGGGCCAGCGUCAGGCCCCCAAGCCCGGGCCCUUUAACCCAUUAACUCUUCAGCCGUAAGUGUGAAUGGAAUUCCGCCUCACCUGUGUGGCGCUUUGCAUCUGCCAGAAAAGGUUACUUUUUGACCUUUUCCUGCGCAGUAGGAGGGUUUGGGAUACACACACUCAGAACGUAACAGAUUUCUAAGCUCUGUAUGGGAGAGGGGUUUUAACCUCACACUGGUACUGAGGGAGACUUUACACGUUUCGACUCGAUCCGAUGUCAUCAGGAAGGCCGUCUGACGAUCCAAACGUUGCGUAACACGUGAGCAGCCAGGGCUCUUAAUCCAGAUUAAACAGCGUAGUAUGAUUUUUGCAGAUUAUUUAUAACGCAGUGUGAAUAAAGAAGCGACUAUUUUUAAGGGUGUUACGUUCAAUAACAGCCACCAAUGUUGUGUUGUAUUUAUUGUUUCUUUACUGCUUUAAUGUUUUGGUACUGAAAACUCUGUGUGUGUGUGUGUAUUUAUUAAUGGUUUUAAUUUCAGUAGUGGUUAAUUAAGAAGCAUGUGACAUUGUCUUGUGCUAUUUUUUUCCCCCAUUUUUUUAGGUGACUAUUGUGUACGAAAGUUAUUGUAUAUAAACAUGCGUAACUGGUUACUGCAUUAAAGAAUAAAGUAUUCCAUGCCA